AUGGACGAGGAGUUCACGACACUCUUGUCCAACCGCACUUGGGAUCUCGUCCCACGUCCGGCAGGUGCGAACGUCGUCACCGGCAAGUGGAUCUUCCACCACAAGUUUCAGUCUGACGGCAGUCUCGACCGCUACAAGGCCCGAUGGGUCUUACGCGGUUUCACUCAGCGUCCCGGGGUUGACUUCGACGAGACUUUCAGUCCGGUUGUUAAACCGGCCACUGUCUGCACAGUUCUGAGUCUCGCCGUCUCUCGCGAUUGGCCUGUUCACCAGUUGGAUGUCAAGAACGCAUUCCUUCAUGGCACUCUUCAGGAGACGGUUUAUUGCACUCAGCCCUCCGGCUUCGUCGACCCAACCAAGCCUGACUUGGUGUGCCACCUCAACAAGUCCCUCUAUGGACUUAAGCAGGCCCCUCGUGCAUGGUACAGUCGCUUUGCCAGUUACAUCAUAACCCUUGGGUUUACAGAAGCCAAGUCAGAUACUUCACUGUUCAUCUUUCGAAGUGGCUUUGAUAUGGUGUACCUGCUGCUUUACGUGGAUGACAUUGUCCUCACUGCCUCCUCUGAGGCCCUACUCCACUGGACCAUUCAGUCUCUACAGUCGGAGUUUUCGAUGAAGGACCUGGGAAGCCUCCAUCAUUUUCUCGGCAUCAGUGUCACUCGCAGUUCCACUGGUCUUCAGCUCAGUCAGCGUCAGUACUGCAUCGAGGUUCUCGAGAGAGCUGGCAUGGCUGAUUGCAAGCCCUGCACUACGCCCGUUGACACCAAUGCCAAGCUCUCCUCCACAGAUGGUCCUUUUGUUGCUGACCCCACCGACUACCGCAGUCUUGCUGGUGCCUUGCAGUAUCUGACGUUCACCCGCCCGGAUAUCUCCUAUGCCGUGCAGCAGGUGUGUCUACAUAUGCAUGACCCUCGGGAGCCGCACCUUGCCGCUCUCAAACGCAUUCUUCGGUAUGUUCGUGGCACUUUGGAUUUUGGAUUGCAUAUUCGUCGCUCCUCACCGGUUGAUUUGGUUGUCUACUCGGAUGCCGAUUGGGCGGGUUGUCCUGACACGAGGAAAUCCACUUCAGGUUAUGCCGUGUUUCUGGGCGACAACCUUGUUUCUUGGUCCUCCAAGCGACAGCACACCGUCUCCCGGUCCAGCGCCGAAGUCGAGUACAGGGUCGUUGCCAAUGCAGUCGCCGAAGCUUGUUGGCUUCGUCAGUUACUUCACGAGCUUCACUCUCCUCCGAGCUGA